AUCACCUGUUCACCACUUCUAUAUAUUACUUCGAAUAAGUAAAUUAUUGGGAUAAUUAUUGAUGUUUUAAAAUAAGAGAAUCAUUAAAUUUUUUUUCUAAAUUUAUCCUUAUAAUUUGACAAUUAAUUAACUUUUGAAAAUGUAUUACAAGAUUAAUUUUUUCUUUUUUGGGAUAAAAAUAAAAAAUUAUGUUAAAUUUAUAUCUUUAAUAUUUUUUCUUUAUUUUAUGUGUCAAAAUUCAAUAAUUUAUUUUUUAUCAAACGGAAGGUGCAGUAAAUUAAUUAGAAGAUAGAUACAGAUAAUACAGCCGAUUCAACCUUCAGUUAUGCGUGGACUUGGGCAAAAAGUAUUGCAGUUGUACGGCUUUAAACAGUCACUGUAAUUAGAACUGAAUUUUUGACCCAAAAAUAGCACUAGAUUGAAGCGAAGGAUGAUGCUCUCAGCAUUCAAAAAUCUUUCCGUCACUUCUCGUAUAACAACCCCUUUUCGAUCUCUUAGUACAUUGGUUUUAGCUGAACAUGAAGGAGGAUUGAUCAAAACCUCAUCAUUAAGUGCUGUGGAGGCUGCAAAAUCUUUAGGUGGGGGCAAUUCAAUAUCGUUGCUACUUGCUGGAUCUGGACGUUCCCUGAAGGAUGCUGCGGAACAUGCUGCUUCAUCCCACCCUUCCGUUUCUCAGGUCCUUAUUGCUGAUUCUGACAAAUUUACAUACCCUUUGGCUGAACCAUGGGCCAAAUUAGUCCACCUUGUUCAGCAGAGCGGUGGCUAUUCCCACAUAAUUGCUGCAUCAGGUUCCUUUGGAAAAAAUAUAUUACCGCGUGCAGCAGCUCUUCUGGACAUUUCUCCAAUUACUGAUGUCGCAAAGAUUUCUGGAUCAAACCUCUUUAUUAGGCCAAUAUAUGCAGGAAAUGCUCUAUCCACUGUUCGUUACAUGGGAUCCAGCCCAUGUAUGUUGAGCAUUAGAGCUACAUCAUUUCCUGUUGCUUCUGAACCAGCUGAUUUGAAAUCUAAUGUUUCCUCAAUAGAUAAGGUUGAUCUUUCAAUCUUGGAUGAAGAUGAUUCCGUUGGUAAGUCAAUAUAUGUAAAGCUUUCCUCCCAAAUUUCGGAGCGUCCAGAUCUCGGAAAUGCACGUAUUGUAGUUACUGGUGGACGAGGUGUAAAGAGUGCUGAGAACUUCAAAAUGAUAGAUAAGCUUGCAGAGAAAAUCGGUGCCGCAGUUGGUGCCACUCGUGCUGCAGUGGAUGCUGGAUUUGUUCCCAACGACCUCCAGGUUGGCCAAACUGGGAAAAUUGUUGCCCCAGAACUAUAUAUGGCAUUUGGUGUUUCUGGAGCAAUUCAACACAUAGCAGGCAUGAGAGAUUCCAAGGUCAUUGUUGCUAUAAAUAAAGAUGCCGAUGCCCCCAUAUUCCAGGUUGCUGAUUAUGGACUCGUGGGUGAUCUUUUCGAUGUCAUUCCAGAGUUGUUGGAGAAACUUCCUGAGAAGAAGUAGAAAAUAUACGUUCCGUUUUGUGAAGGGCAGACUUAAUCUAUAAUUUGGGUGCUCUACGUGUUACUUUCUUGAGGAUGUUGGGUCUACUUUAAAUAGAUUACUUUGCUAACCUUAUUAAAUUCUAACAAAUAAACAGGUUAUCAUUUUUAUUCGACGUUCAAUUGAAAUGUUGAAGAUAUAUAAUUUAACAAAUAAAUGUGCAUACUUUUUUAUUUCAA